CGGAAGUAGAUCGUAAUGGAGAAGAGCUUCGUCUUCGUUUAUCACACAGUACUGUUUAUCGCCCAUUCAGUGGCUUAUAUCUACGAUUGUAAAUACAUCGUCACCAAUGAGACAGAGACUGUGUUCACUUAUAAAGGAUACGGGGGGAAAUUCAAAUACCUGACCAAUUGGAACUUCAUAAUCCAGACAGUAUAUUUUGGGCUCUGUGUGGCCAAUGAUUUCUGUGGAACAAAUGUCCGGCCCUCAGAGAAAGGUCAGCGAUGCCGUCUACAGAGGUGGAGGGACAACUUCCUGGCAACCAUCGUGUUUCCAGUGGGAAUGUUUGUCGUUUUAACCUUUUGGGGUAUUUAUGCCAUAGACAGAGAAUUGGUGUAUCCCAAAGAACUUGAUAAAGUCAUUCCAUCCUGGCUUAAUCACAUUAUGCACACCACCAUUCUACCUUUUUUGUUGAUAGACAAGUUCUUAGUUUACCAUCAGUAUCCAAGCAGAAGAGCUGGCUUCAUCACACUUCUCUCCUUAGCAUUAACUUACCUAGCCUGGAUCCUAUGGGUGGCCUUCUAUGCCAAUAUCUGGGUUUAUCCCAUCCUUAAGGUUCUAUCACCUCACCAAAAGGCUGUGUUCAUUAUGGCCCUGCUAGUCUUUUUCAUAUUUCUGUACCUUCUUGGAGAAUUUAUCAACAAAACUCUCUGGGAUAAAGAGAGGAAACAUGUAAAGAAAGUGAAAUCCAGUUGAUGACAAUGCAUUGUAGAUGUCUAUUUAUAGAAACCAUGCGAUCUGUAUCAAAUUACAUAGUUUUGUUGUCAAUGCAGUUUAUGUAGGAAAA